AUGCCAUAUUCCGCCUUUAAAAGGCUUAAGCUAGGUGAGCUCCUCCCAACCAACAUGACCCUACAAUUGGCCAACCGUUCUAUUAAGUUCCCCAAGGGUAGAAUUGAGGAUGUCCCCUUCAAGAUAGGAGAGUUCACUAUCCCUGUUGACUUCAUUGAGCUAAUGAUUACAGAAGAUGACAACAUUCCUAUCAUUCUAGGGAGACCAUUCUUAGAAACUUUGGGUGCCUUGAUAGAUGUGAAAGGUGGCAUUAUUACCUUGUGUGUUGGUGAUGAUUCGGCUAGUUUCAAGCUUAAACCUAUGCAUGAAUCCCUUUCUUUUGUGCAAGGAAUUGCUUCUAUAAGCAUUGAUAGCAAAUUUGUUAGUGAUGGCAAGAAAGAGACCUCAUGGCUUGAUGAUGUGAUUGAGAUGUCGGAUUGA